GGAUGUUUACCUGCGGCCUGGGUUUUCCAGCUACAUUGCCAAAUUCAGCGGAACAAUUCUAUAUCUUAAAUAUGUUAAUAUGUAUGGACCGCAUUUUAUGUAGAACAUCUGACAACUUCGCAAUUUUUUGUCCGCAUUCUUUCGGCUUGCAAUCUUUCGCUGGUCCAACAGUAGUUCAAUGGUAGUGAUGCACUUGUGUUUCUUCCCAACAUCUGGCGCUCUAUGGUUCCAUGUCAAAAAACGUAAAUAAACAAAAAAGUAGGGUUAUAGUCUUAGUUUUUGAAGAUGUAUAGGAUUUGGUAAGUUAUUAACAAAAAUGUAAUUUUACCGAUUAUAACAGUAAUUUCCAGCAUGGUAUCUGAUUUCUUUUUCCCAAACAUGGGAGGCGUAGAAGAACACAUUUAUAACUUGUCAGAAUGUCUGAUACUAAGUGGACACAAAGUAAUUAUCAUGACCCACAGCUAUGAGGACAGAGUGGGCAUAAGGUUUCUAACAAAUGGCUUAAAAGUUUAUUAUCUGCCAAUUAAAGUUUUCUAUAAUCAGUGUGUUUUACCUACAGCUAUAUGCAAUAUUCCUUUGAUCAGAAAUAUCCUUAUCCGUGAAAGGAUAGAGAUUGUACAUGGCCAUUCUGCUUUCUCUGCCUUAGCAUAUGAAGCAUUGUCUAUUGGUAGCUUGAUGGGGUUGAAGACAGUUUUUACAGAUCACAGCCUCUUUGGUUUUGCUGAUGCCAGUGCAAUAAUAACCAACAAGUUCAUCCAAAUCACCUUGACUGAUUGCAACCACUGUAUCUGUGUGUCACAUACUGGUAAAGAAAAUACAGUGCUUAGGGCCAAAGUUGAUUCUAGAAGAGUUUCAGUUAUACCAAAUGCUGUGGACACAUUUGCCUUCACUCCUGAUCCUAGCCAACGAACAAAAGGAUGCAUCACAAUUGUUGUGGUAUCUAGGUUAGUUUACAGAAAAGGGGUAGAUCUGACAGCUCAAAUUAUAGGUGAUUUGUGCCAAAAAUAUAGCAAUAUUUAUUUUUUGAUAGCUGGUGAUGGUCCAAAGCGAUGGUUGCUAGAAGAAAUAAGAGAGAGACAGGGAUUACAAGACAAAGUGUCUUUGCUUGGGAGUUUAGAACACUCACAAGUACGUGAUGUUUUGGUGAAAGGGGAUAUAUUUCUGAACACCUCUUUGACAGAGGCUUAUUGUAUGGCUAUAGUAGAAGCAGCAUCUGCAGGGUUGAAAGUCGUAUCUACUAAAGUCGGAGGUAUUCCUGAAGUUUUGCCAGAGGAUCUGAUAUAUCUGACUGAACCAAACGUUCCCUCAUUGAUGGAAGGAUUGGAAAAGGCAAUAACUGAUCUGAAGAUGGGCAAAGUUGUAUGCCCUUAUGAAUGUAAUCUACGCGUUAGGAAAUAUUAUAAUUGGAAAAAUGUCUCUGUAAGAACAGAAAUAGUAUAUCACAGGGUUUCACAAGAACAAGAUAGGGAGUUAGGAGAGAGGUUAUUCAACUAUUUGAAAAGUGGAGUGUGGCCAUAUCUGUUGGUAGUGUCUCUAUCAUUUUUAAUACUAAAACUGUAUGAUUAUAUACAACCAAGGAAGUACAUUGAUAUAGCAAAGGAUUGCAACAAAUUGAGCAAACGUAAGAAACAAUCGUGAAAUAGGAACUGCACUGAGCUAUAUUGCAUUGCUGUGACCUAGAUUUGGAUAAAUAUUGAGCCCACAUACAAACAUAAUGGGCGAUAGUUCCUUCAAGACAAUCAUAAUAAUAAUAACUAUAAAUAUGUCAUGAUUUACAAUUAAAAUGUAUUUCCUGUUAGCGACGUUUGGGGUGGACCUGAAAAUGUUGAAAUAUGAUUAUUCCUCAAGUUUCUAAUCCGGAUAGUAAUGACGACGCGUGUCGAAGCAAAUUAAAUAACCCCCAUAUGACUGCUAUGGAGAUUUCAACAUCUCUCAUUUUCUUGUGACCUAAGAUUACUAUUAAGGGAAUCUUGACUAAACAUUUUCUUAAAAUCGUGCUUGCAGAUUUUCAUGAACGUUUUUGCGUUUUUUCAUUGCCAUUAUGAGACUCUAGAAUGUCAAAAUAAAGUCAAACGGCUCGAAUAAAACUGCAGCUGUAUCAGUGAAUGUCAAGCAUCAUUUGGAUUCACAUUGAAGUGGUCUUCAAUUUCUCUAUCGCGAGAUAUGUAAACAUCCAGAUUUCAAGAGUUUUCUGGAAAUAAAACCAUCACAUGUUAAGAUUGUUUUAUUUCAACCUAAAUUAUUUUUUCAUAGCUGUUUCCUAACUUCGAUGAGAUCCUUCCUCGCUUUCUUAAAGUUCAGAAGCACUUGGUUAACACUCUUAAUAAGUCCUGAAGCAUUUAGUUUUUCGUAGAUGAACUUCUUCCGUUGAUUUUCUUCGUGAAGUUCAUCAAGAAAAGCGUGAGACUGGUGGACGACGUUCAUUCGGAC